AUGGCGUUUCUGUCGUGUCUUUUGCCCGUUGUGGUGAUGUUUGGUUUUCUUCUUUCCAGCUACGCCUACCUCGUGGAGCGUCGCUUUGCCAGGGCGAGGGAGCUGGGCCAGGUGUAUCGUGCCUACUGCGAUGUCGGUGUGUUUUCUUGCACACGCGUCUUUUCUUCGGAGUAUGGCUCCUUGACGCAAUUCGUUGGGCUGCCGCAUGUGUCCAACGCCGUACUGGGGAUGAUCUUCUACCUUUCGGAGCUCGCCACCUGUCGAUUCCCGACGCUGCUUUUAUUUAUGAGCGCGGCAAGCUGCGUGGUCUCUGUGGGGCUUUUUUUAAUCCUUACACUCAUCCUCCACGACCUAUGCAUCGUAUGCGGCUCCAUAUACGUGGUAAACUUUGUAACUUGCCUCGGUGCAUGGAAGCUGCGUAGACAGAAGAUGGCACCUCCCCCACACGAGAAGAAGAAGAAGAAGAAGGGGUAA